AUGAAGCUUGUGAACGGGGGAGGAGGAGUGGGAGGAGGAGGAGGAGAGAAGACAGCCUUCUCCUUUAAGAAGUGUUCGGCCUUUCAGUUCGUGAAGAGGAAGGUUCGAAGAUGGAUGAGGAACCCCAAGGUGAGCGUAGAGAAAGGUCACGGGAAUGGCCUCCUUUACCCUUGUCCAAAGUGUCCGCUGGCUGAAGAUCUGUGGUACACACACUUCCCCUCGACUUAUGGCUGCUGUCACUACUCGGGCCUACAGGGAGGCCAGUACUACCAUCAGGAACCAUGCUCGCCUUGUGUCACCAGCGGACAAACCGACGGGCAUGAGAAAGGCAAAGGCUGCAAGGUCAGGAAGUGGAAGAUGCUGUCUCGCCAUCAUAACGAGAACUCAAACAAACAUAAGGAGGCAGAGCUAGACGUCCACCUGGGAGGUUGUCAGUGCUGGGGGCUCCACAACUCGCCUCUCCUGGCCAGCCCCAUCAUCCUGGAGUGCUCCAUCUGCAGUGGGCCCUACAUCAGCUACGCCCUGGAGGACACCUGGCAGCCACGCCAACGAACACAAGCGAUGGACCUGUACUACCACAAUGAGUCAGACUCGGACAACUACUGUUGCCCUGGCGACAACGCUUUUAUGAAACAAAGAAGGAUGGGUCUGAACGACUUCAUUCAGAGGCUCGCCACAAACUCCUACGCCUGCAAGCAUCCUGAAGUUCAGUCUAUUCUGAACCUGACUCCUCCGCAGGAUGCUGAGCUAAUGAAUGCCAACCCUUCUCCUCCUCCCAGUCCAUCCCAGCAGAUCAACCUUGGCCCGUCGUCCAAUCCCUCAGCCAAACCCAGCGACUUCCACUUCCUCAAAGUGAUCGGCAAGGGCAGCUUCGGCAAGGUGCUCCUUGCACGCCAUCGCACAGACGACCAGUUUUACGCCGUCAAAGUGUUACAGAAAAAGGCCAUUCUCAAGAAAAAGGAGGAGAAACACAUUAUGUCAGAGAGGAAUGUGCUCCUAAAGAAUGUCAAGCACCCGUUUUUGGUGGGCCUGCACUACUCCUUCCAAACCGCGGACAAACUUUAUUUCGUCUUGGACUACAUCAACGGAGGAGAGUUGUUCUACCACCUGCAAAGGGAACGCUGCUUCCUUGAACCCAGAGCCAGGUUUUACGCUGCGGAAAUCGCCAGUUCGCUGGGUUACCUGCACUCCCUCAACAUCGUCUACAGAGACUUGAAGCCAGAGAACAUCCUGCUGGACUCACAGGGCCACAUCAUUCUCACAGAUUUCGGGCUCUGUAAGGAGAAUAUCGAACCCAACGGGACCACGUCGACAUUCUGCGGUACACCAGAGUAUUUGGCUCCUGAGGUGCUACACAAGCAGCCGUAUGACAGGACAGUAGACUGGUGGUGCUUAGGAGCGGUCCUGUACGAGAUGCUGUAUGGCCUGCCUCCGUUCUACAGCCGUAACACAGCGGAGAUGUACGACAACAUUCUGAACAAACCUCUGCAGCUCAAACCCAACAUUUCCAACGCAGCCAGACACCUGUUGGAGGGACUGCUACAAAAGGACCGAACCAAGAGACUGGGCUGCACAGAGGACUUUAUUGAAAUCAAGAACCACAUAUUCUUCUCUCCAAUCAACUGGGACGACCUCAAUGCCAAGAAGAUAACCCCUCCAUUUAACCCUAAUGUGACGGGACCCAACGACUUGCGGCAUUUUGAUCCGGAGUUCACGGACGAGCCGGUUCCCAGCUCCAUCGGCUGCUCCCCAGACUGCGCACUCGUCACCUCCAGUAUCAAAGAUGCAGCUGAGGCGUUUGUGGGCUUCUCUUACGCCCCGUCUAUGGACUCCUACCUAUAGGACCCAAACACAGGCACUCAACAUGGACUUUAGUCAUUGCUCAUUGAAUACAGACUCAUCGUGCUCGUGGACUGUGCAUCUUGACCCCAAAACACAUUUCUCAUCGGAAUGAUGGAUUUCCCCCCCCCCCCCAAACCAACAUGACAUCUUCACCUACAUGUCUACCUGCCAUUUUUCUCUCAGACUCUUGAAUGCAUUUAAUUUAUUGCAAAGAGAGAAGGUCGGCUGUAACAAUUGACCAGUUGGGGACUGUCACCAUCAACAAAAAUCUGCUUAGUCGUCUUAGCUUUCCCAUUCCUCGCCCGAUGGGGAGGUCUUUUUGCACAUAUGGCUCAGGCAGCUUUAACAGCAUCCCUUCAUCCUGACAUCACAAGCACACAUGGAAUCUCCCACCUACUGUCUAAAAAGGCUGGAAAAGAUCGUCCAUGUAGCGAAGCAUCUUCCACCCACGUGGACCUACCCGUUGAGUCUGAAUGAGUAGCUUGAAGAUCACUUUUUGGUGCUUUUUAUUUUUUUUUUUAAAGGGAGUUUGGGGGAAGCUGAUUGUUACAGAGAGGAGGGUGUAUCAUUUCUCUCAGAGGUGCCUUUGUUUUAUUUAUUUCUUUCCAUCAGUACUCUCACCAUUUGAGUUGUUACCAUUAGAGCAUUUUUUUUUUCUCUUUGUGUACUGGUAAUUAUUUUCUUAUUGUGAGGAUGUAGCACUAAGUUAUGAGACGCAGGGACUCAAAUGUUUCACUUCUUCAUUUGCACAUUAAAGCUGAUUGAGAGAUGGAGAAGAUGGCACCACCGCUGGGUGUUACCACCACCCUGUCAUGGUUCCGCUUGCCAACUGCGUCCCCCUCGUAGAGUCUUCCGAUUUCCUCACACCGAUGUAACGGCGGUCCUUUCGUCAAAACUGAACAUUCCACUUUAAUAUUGCUGUAAUGCGACUUGACGGUAUUUAAGUUUCUUGUACAGUUGGAGUUUUGUGUACUAGUUUAAAUGUAUAUUGAACAAAAGCCUAAAGGUAUGCCUAAAAUAUGUAUAUGUAACAAUUCAUGUUUAAUGUACUGUAAAUUGUAAAAUUGUUUAUGUGACCAUGUUUGGUUUGCAAUAAAAGUUUAACUUUAUUACACCUUA